CACUCCUCAUGUCUUCCUAACCAAUCUCUCUUUAUAGAAGUAAAGUAAUGCGAUUUUGAGAAGCAGAAUUUUGAUAAUAUUGACCCUCAUUGCAUAAGAAAAUUCAGGUACAUAUCAUGCCGUGUCGGUGUCAGCAAGGUACACCAAAAGUAGUAAACAGGGUGGCUAAAAAGAGGAGGAUUUAGCAAUUUGUUGAUUUUUCUUUCUUUCUUGUCAACUUCAAAAGCCCCUCUUCCCAGUCGGCUCUCUUUCAAGAUUCCCCUAUAUUUCCCCUUUCUUUCGCUAUUAACGCCUCUCUUUUUCUCUCUCUGAGUUCUUGUUGAUAUUUCCAAAGACCCCAUUUUUAACACUGCUCACAAUAUGGCUGACGAAUCCAUUUCAGGCAAUUUAAAAGACCUUUCUUUGAAUAGAAAUGGUGCGGUGUCAAAGAAGUCUCAUUUAGUUGUUUGUUUUGGAGAGAUGCUCAUUGACUUCAUCCCAACUGUUGCCGGAGUUUCACUUGCAGAAGCUCCUGCCUUCGAAAAAGCUCCCGGUGGUGCACCUGCUAAUGUUGCUGUGUGCAUCUCAAAGUUAGGGGGUUCAUCUGCUUUUAUUGGAAAGGUUGGUGACGAUGAGUUCGGCCGUAUGUUGGCUGACAUUUUGAAGCAAAACAAUGUUGACAAUUCCGGCAUGCGGUUUGACCAUGAUGCAAGGACUGCACUGGCCUUCAUUACACUCACAGCUGAAGGUGAGCGGGAGUUCGUGUUUUUCCGUAAUCCUAGUGCUGAUAUGCUUCUUCGGGAGUCAGAACUCGAUGUAGAUCUUAUUAAAAAGGCCACCAUCUUCCAUUAUGGUUCGAUAAGUUUGAUCGACGAACCUUGUAGGUCAACACACCUUGCUGCAAUGGACAUUGCCAAAAGAUCAGGUAGCAUACUGUCGUAUGAUCCGAACCUGAGAUUGCCUUUAUGGCCUUCAGAAGAUGCUGCUCGAAGUGGAAUAAUGAGUGUAUGGAACCUAGCAGAUAUUAUUAAGAUAAGUGAGGAUGAAAUUUCAUUCUUGACUGGAGCCGAUGAUCCAAAUGAUGACGAGGUGGUGUUGAAGAGGCUUUUCCAUCCUAAUCUGAAGCUUUUGCUUGUAACUGAAGGUUCAGCUGGUUGCAGAUAUUACACCAAGAAAUUCAAGGGAAGAGUAAAUUCGAUUAAGGUAAAAGCUGUUGAUACAACUGGUGCUGGUGAUGCAUUUACCGGUGGAGUUCUCAAGUGUCUAGCUUCUGAUUCUAGUCUUUAUCAGGAUGAGAAGCGGUUAAGGGAGGCUAUCUUUUUUGCUAAUGUUUGUGCUGCCCUGACAGUAACAGGAAGAGGUGGAAUCCCAUCCCUUCCUACACAAGAUGCAGUUCAACGAACUCUUGCCGAGGUCACUGCAUGAGAAGGCAGAACAAGCUUUGUUCUCUUCAUGCUGUAUCUGCAUUAUUCUAGAUUUAUUUUCACAAUGGUCGAUUUAUUUUGUUUUCGUCUCUGGCAUCUGCUGGUUAGUUCCUCUCUUUGGAAAAAAGUUGCAGCCAAAGAGACAUUU